UUUAAAUUUUGAAAGGCAAGACCAGGGUCAAAAAAGUCAUAAAUAAUUUAUUUCACAAACCAUCUUUAAUUUUCAUAGAUAAGUAAUGAGAACUAUAUAAAAUUUGGGGGGGGGUCAACUUUAAUUUUCUUAUACAAAAUUACCAUUAAUAAGCAUGAAUAAUUAUAAAAAUUGGUAUUAAUAUUCUAUACAAAAUUAGUAUUAAUAAUCAUUAAUAACUAUACAUUAUUAGUAGUAAUAAGUUAAAAAAAAAAAAAAAAUGAAAAAUGGAAAAAUUGGAAAAGACUAAAUAUAAAAAUUGGAAAGACUAAAUAUAGGGCGAAUCCCUACUUACACUCUGGUCAAUAGGUUGGUAAAAACUAGAACCAUGGGCAAACCACGUACUCUGCAAAACUACAACUCACCACCACCUCUUUCUGUCAUUUCCAAUCCCGGUCCAGUUCCGUUACCACCAACAGAAAAAAAUGAAAAAAAUUGAACCGUCCUUCCGGAAGGAAGAGAACAACAACAAUACAAUGCAAUAAUGGUUCAUUUUUCCUCAAAAUCACCCAUUUCUGAACCCUCGUGAAUCUCUUCUUCUUCUGCUGCGUUUCUCCCUCUCUGGUUGAUCGAAAAUGGCUGGAGGAGGAGAUACUCCGUCCAGAGAGCUCGAUGAAACACCCACCUGGGCCGUUUCUUUGGUUUGUGCGGUUAUCAUCAUCAUUUCUAUAUUGUUGGAGAAAGUUCUUCAUUCGGUUGGAGCGUGGUUUGAGAAAAGACGCAAACCUGCUCUGGUUGAAGCUCUAGAGAAGAUUAAAGGCGAGCUUAUGGUUCUUGGAUUCAUUUCCCUUCUCCUGACAUUUGGGCAGAACUACAUUGCCAAAAUAUGUAUUCCUAUAAAGGUGGCAAACACAAUGUUGCCAUGCAAAGUGCAAGAUCACGACGACACUCACGAAGCAAAGCAUAUGCUUUCAGAUCCUUAUGAUUUUGUGACGGAACAUCACCGGAGGCUUCUAACGAAUGAACACAGAUUUUUAGCUCUUGAGCCCGAACACCAGCGGACGCUUCUAUUGGAUGAACGUAGAUUUUUAGCCGAUGCUCAAAUUCCAGCGUGCAAGCCAGGGUUCGUGCCGCUUAUAUCUGUCCAUGGAUUGCAUCAGUUACACCUCUUCAUAUUCUUUUUGGCAGUGUUCCAUGUUGUUUUCAGUGCAACGACGAUGAUGCUUGGGAGAGCAAAGAUACGCAGGUGGAAGGAAUGGGAGGUGGAAGCUGCUAAGGAAUAUGAAAAUGAUUCUAUGAAAUUCAGGCUUACCCAUGAGACAUCUUUUGUGAAAGAUCACACCAAUUUCUGGACCAAAACACCAUUCUUCUUUUAUAUUGCAUGCUUCUUUCGGCACUUCUUCAGGUCUGUUCGAAAAGCUGACUACACCACCAUGCGCAAUGGAUUUGUCUCGGUUCAUUUAAGACCUGGAAGUAAGUUUAACUUCCAAAAAUAUAUCAAAAGGUCAUUAGAAGACGACUUCAAGGUAGUUGUGGGAAUCAGUGCGCUGCUAUGGGGUUUUGCGACCAUCAAUCUGCUUAUUAAUGUUCGCGGCUGGCGGCUUAUGUUUGUGCUGUCCAUAAUGCCUCUAUUUGUUCUUUUAGCAGUUGGAACAAAGCUCCAGUCUAUUAUAACACAGAUGGCUGUCGAAAUCCAAGAAAAACAUGCUGUAGUUCAAGGCAUACCUCUUGUGCAAGUCUCUGAUAGACAUUUUUGGUUUAGCAAGCCUCAGUUUAUUCUCACUCUCAUACAUCUCACACUAUUUCAGAAUGCCUUCCAGUUAACAUAUAUCCUGUGGACAACGUAUGAGUUCGGGACGCAUUCUUGCUUUCUUGAAAGUUUGCCUCUUGUAAUAAUUCGACUUGUGGUAGGGUUUAUUGUCCAAUUUUUGUGCAGCUACAUUACACUUCCACUAUAUGCCCUCGUUACUCAGAUGGGAUCAACUAUGAAGAAGACUAUUUUUGAUGAUCAAACUUCCAAAGCUCUAAGGAACUGGCAAAAGAAUGCCGCCAAGAAGAAGCAAGAAAAGCCUCCAACUCGGACUUUAGGUGGGAGCCCAGUUGAGUCGCCUGAGAAUUCCCCCAAAAUCGGCCAUGUUCAGUAAUAAGGAUGCUUGAUGUCAUGGUUGCACCAGGGCAUUCACUUGCGCUGAUGCCUAUCGGGGUCUUUCCUUCACUACAUUUGCACCAUGCAUGUAUCUAUUAUGAGGAAUGAUAUUAGUUCUGUUCCAUCUUACACCUGAUCAAUUAGGAAUGGUAUAUCGGUGCAAAUUAUCAGGCUACAAUCCGUUUACUCGCUGAUUGCUCCAGCACUGUUUGUAGUUGGAUUGUAUAAUGUAUACAGAUUUAAAAAAAAAAAAAAAAAAUGGUUCUGGUUUGUUUCUUAGGUACGUUUCUUUCCAGUUUUAGUUACAUUUAUACAUUUCUGACCUUCGUAAUGUACACCCUACA